AUGGCGCCUCUCUCGUCCCCUUACAAGCUCGGGCAGCCCAGUAGACAUCGCUCUGCUUCACCCUUACCUCCUCCGCCCGCUCCGCCCCCCAAAGCUAUCGACCUGAACAGCUCGACUCGGUCGACCGACCAAGCAUCAGGACAAAAGAUCACGCGCAGGGCGUUCAUAUGCGAUGUCGUCGUGGAGCACGAGGGCGAGGAAACGGCCAAUCUCCUCUCGCACCUCGGCAGACCGCUCGUACCUCCCUCAACCCUCCCAUCGGUCGUCAUCAACCGACCGACAACUCCAUCCCGCGCUGCCUCGGAUGACGAGGAUGAAGGAGGACCUUCGCGCGCUUGGUCCCCAAAGAAGCGGGAAGACGCGGCUAGGCAGCUCAAUUCGCUCGUGGAAGAGCUAGUCCGGACAGAGAGAAGCUAUCUUUCCCGGAUCAAAGCGCUGAAAGCUUCCUACGCGGACCCACUUCGCUCUUUCGCCAAAGACAAGCAUACUCAGAUCAUCCCACUAUACGAAGCAAAGAACCUCUUUGCAAACAUAGACCAGGUUGUUCCUGCUUCUCAGGCGUUCCUGGCGGAUCUGGAGGAUAUCUGGGAGAGCGGGCGUGGGGUGGAUCACGUCGGAGAUAUCUGCUUGAGACAUCUGAAAGACCUCGCGACAUUCGCACCAUAUCGGACGUACCUAAGCAAGCAGGAUGAGGUGCACAAGCUCUUCCAAGAGGCGCUGAAAAAGUACUCUGGGUUCUGUAGCUUCAUCGAUAGCACAAAGUAUCAGACUACAGGGAUAGGCAACAUCGGUCUGCGAGAGCUCUUGAUGGAACCGGUCCAGCGGAUACCCCGAUACACCCUGCUUUGGCAAACGAUGAUUAAAGCAAUGCCUCCUAUGGCACCGCAACGGAGCAAAUUGACUGAAGCUGUCGAUAUUGCCUCGAGAAUAGCCAAGUGUGAGCCGGACGCGCAGAUCGUCCGCGCGACGGUCAUGUACUGCCUGCAGCGGAAUGUGGAGGACUUUCCGGCCGACCUCUUCAGCAACAAGCGAGACUACCUCGACUCGCUCGAUGUCGACGAUGUCCCGGUCGACUUCAUGUCUCCCUCCAACUCGCACACCUCCCGUCCCAUGUCGAGCUUCUCCACCGCAUCCGCCUCGACACCCUCCCUCGCUUCGAUCGGCUCGAGCGUAACCAGCUCCCAGCUUCCCACUUCGCCGACGGGCUAUUCCAAUUCAUCGCUCUCGACUCUACACUGCACACUCUUCCUCUUCAAUGACAAGCUCAUCAUUGUCAAGCGGCAGUCGGCGGCGGUGUCGGGUCGGAAAGUGACCGGACUGGACGAUGUGACGCGGCUGGUCAAGAGUGGAGGAGGGGUAGCAGUGAUGGACAAGGGCGGAGCAAAGAAGGACAAGUUGAGCUAUAGGGGGAUUGUGGAUAUUUUGGAUGUCAUCGCCUCAGAUACGGGGAACGGCGACUUCCACCUCUUUUUUGAGCGCCCCCCAACAGACCAGACUGACCGCUGGUCUGCCCGCCCAUUUCGUUCUUACACUGCCGUCCACCCACCCUACUCGUCUUCCCUCGACAGCGUCGCCAUCCGCAAAGACAAGGCUCGCUUCGUUCACAAUCUCUGGGCAGCCCAGACCGUUGCUCGUGCCAAACUGCUGCCGAAGGAGAUUGAGCCCCCGCGACCUAUGGUCAGCGAGUACGAGGUCGGAUUGGAGGGAGCUGGGGAGAUCUUUGGGCGGGCGAAAUGCUACUGGAGCGUCUGGGACAAGAAGGGCUGGAGCGUUGUUGGGAAGAGGGCCAAGGUUGUCAUCCACAUCGACGAGGGGGGAUCGGCGGAUGAUCUAGUCCUUUCCGAGGAGACUGGACCGUGUAUGCUCAUCCGGGUUCAACCCCUUCCUGGCGGAUUGUGCAGGUUGUCAUACGCUACUCUGGCGGACGAGGGGGAUGAGCGGGAGGUGAUCAGCAUGAACGAUGCCACGGAUAAGAUUGCUACAAUCAUCCACCGCUAUGGCAUCUUCAAGUUCCGCACGUCGAAUGCCUCGGCCCCGAACACACCCUCGUCCUCUUCGCACCGGCUCCGACCGAGCAUGCUCAACCUGGACGCAAUCUCGCGCAAUCUCUUCGGUGCCGCCCCCUCGAUCCGCUCGCAGAGCUCGAGCGUUGAUGCUUUCGGUACCACCGCGUCUAAGCGAUCCAGCGGUCUAUCCCGGUCAACCACAUCCGCAUCCCGAAUCUCCACGUCGAGCGAUGAACGCACCAAGCGUCUCUCUCGCCUCUCGUCGUCCUCCGCCUCGGACCGGGAAGAGGCCGACGAAGAGCUGGAUCAAACGGCGCCGAUGAAGCAGCGCAGCCCGUACAAGGCCAAGUCGACCGAUGCGGGGAUGGCGCAGUCCGAGGUGGACCUUAAUGAGCGCCUGCAGCUUGCCAGGAAGAAUAGCAAGUCUAUGGCUGCGCUCAGUCCGAGGCCUAGUCGGCGGAUGGACACGAGGAGUCAUGGGGAGCUUCGAAGAGGCGGGAUACCGUUGGCAAGUACGCAUACUCUCAGUAUGUCUACGACUUCGCCUACGAUGUUUACCACUGCUCCUCUUCGGGUUCGAAACAAGUCCCCAUCACCGACUCGACCGCUCAAUGCAAAUCCUCUCCCCCAGCUGCCUCAGCUCCCGACUCAGUCACCCUUCACGCUCCGCCGGCCAGCACCCAGCCUCGAGAUUUCGGGACUGGGCUUCGCUGCCUCUCCUCCCCCUAUGGAGUACACCGUUUCCGGGCCGUCAACACCGACGCCACUCUCGCCUCGGCUGGGUCUGAUGGGCCCCCGCUCGCCCACCAUGACCGCACCCCGCUCACCCCUGCUCAACAGCUACACUGCGCCCAAAUCUCCCCUCCUCUCGCCAGUUCCUCAAGGUCCGCGCUCACCCGGUCCUCGACCGCUCCCGGCUCCCCCUGGGAUCGGUUCGGCGCAUACCAAGCUACGCGUCGUGUCCGGUUCAGGCCGUCGAGUGUCCGCAGGACGCGAGACUGUCCCUCUUCGUGACUCGGCCUCGGCUAAGCCUGACGGUCCCGACCAGUCCACACCUACCGCCACGCCCAUCAUGCUCGCCAAGCGUCAACACUCGGAAGACCACCUCACCCCUCGAAAACGCUCACUCACGCGCUCCCCGCUCGAGCCCAUCCCGUCCGCUGCGGAUAUCGCGGACCUGCCUGACCCGCUCCGCGUACCUUCUUCGCUAGGCCGGAAGCCGAAGUCACCCUUACCGGGUCUGGCGCACCUCACGCCGACGCUCCAUACUGUCCGAAGGGCGUCUGGGGCGAGUAUGAAUGGCUCGGUCAAUUCGACGGGGACGGCGGGGACGGAGGAUAUCGAGAUGGCGGAUCAUACAGAUGUUCUCGCGGCAUUAGAUGCGGGCGUGCAGCGGGUGACCGAGUCCAAGGCGGCGGCGAAGCGGCUGAGGCUGGAUGUUGUUGCGCUGAAGAAGCAGCUCGCUAGGGAUGGAGCGAGGGAUGUGAGGUCAGGCGGAGGAGGUGGGAAUCAGGGAUCCAUGCCUCGCAGCCCCCAGCGGAGGAACAUGAACCGCCUGCUCGAUCUGGACGGGAUGUCAGACUAUGGCGCCCCUCUUGCCCAGAACACCCGACAUACCAAUACCGCCGUCAUUGCUGCCAAGCACGAUUUGGAGAAUACAGUGGCGGAAGAGCGGCUGAGGGGGAUGGUGGCUGUUGCUGAGAGGCUGGAGGGGGGUUUGAAGGCUGCUUUGGGGGAUCUGGAAGUGUGUAGGGGGCUGAUUGGGGGACUGAUGACUGGAUUGGAGCAGAAGAACGGAGAGUUGGAGGGUAUGGCCGCUCAGGUCACUCGAGCGAAGGAGCAACAGGAACUCCUGAGGCAGCAGUUGGGUGAUGCGCAGAUUGAGGUGGAUACGAUUUACGAAGCAUUCAAUACCGAGCUCGAUGGCAUGUUCAAUGAUGCCCAGCUCCCACCGACCGAGGCGUUCGCGGCGCUCCGGCAGGAUCUGCAGAGCACCAAGACGGAGCGGAAUGAGUUGCGGUUGGAGAAUACGCGGUUGAGGCGGGAAUUGGAAGAGGCCAACUUGAAGCGGGAACAGUGGGCCAAGAUUCUGCGGGACCAUGGAGUGAUCCACUAG